CUGGCCACGGAGGCGGCGCUGGGGCAGGGGCUGUGGCAGUCGGAGAAAGACUCUGUCAUUUCUACUCCCUACACCUUUCACUGCGUCUCUGGCAUUAAAAAAAGCGAACGACAUGCAGUUCAAACCGAAUCGGGAGCGCUUCUAUACCACCAGAUGUUGUGGAUGUUGCCAUGUCAGGACGGGGACGAUCAUACUGGGUACCUGGUACAUGGUUGUAAACCUGCUCUUUGGGAUCCUGUUGACUGUGACUAUAACUCAGCCAGAGAAUCUCCCUUCCGUCGACCUGCAGUAUGAGGUCAUCGAACAUUACUUUGCUUCUGACAUGAUGUCAGAAAAUAUCUGCGUGGGGUUUGCAAUCUCAUUGCUGAUGAUUACUAUCAGUGCCAUGAUGGUGUAUGGAGCAAUAACGCACCGCGAUGGCUGGCUGAUCCCCUUCUUCUGCUACCAGCUCUUUGACUUUGCCCUGAGCUGCCUGGUGGCUGUCAGCUCCCUCAGCUACCUGCCACACAUCAAGGAUUAUCUAGAGCAGCUGCCGGACUUCCCCUACAAGGACAGCCUGCUUUCCCUUGACAACAGCUGCCUGCUCCUCUUCGUUCUCGUCUUCUUCGCCUUCCUCCUCAUCCUCAAGGCCUACCUGAUCAACUGCGUGUGGAACUGUUACAAGUACAUCAACAACAGGCACCUACCUGAGAUUGCAGUCUAUCCCUCCUUUGAAGCACCUCUCCAGUAUGUCCUGCCCACCUAUGAGAUGGCCAUGAAGAUGCCGGAGAAGGAGCCUCCUCCUCCAUACCUGCCUGCCUGAGGUGCCCCGUUCCUGCCUGCGUAGUGGAGUCCUGCACCUUCAGCAUCCUCUGGCCCCCGCAGUUUGCAGGGUGGCCAUCGGUUGUGUCCUUUACAUUUUUCCUUUACUCCUGUCUUUUGUUUUGAUAAAAUCUCACAUGGCAAUAAUAUUGCUUGAUUUCUGAUUAGUCUUUUUUGGCCGCUGUCUACUCCUUAAAUGAGUGAAUAUGAAUAUGUGCAUUUAAAUAUAACCUUUUCUUCAUCUGAUUUUGGCACUUUACGUAGUUCUGCAUAGGUUUUCCUCCUCUUGAUUCCCACAUAAUCGAAGAUGAAGAGUAGUUUAUAUGUAACCUGUAUGAAAACGCCCCCAUUACAACUUUCAUGUACACCAAGGUUCUUCCUUAAGCUUUUGUUCGUCUCUUGCGUUUGUGUUUUGUUCACCUGUAGGGUUUGUGUUGUUUAAAAGGAGUGAGGGCUGGGGCUUCUGCUGGGUCACAGCCCAAAGAGAGCAGCUGGGCUCGUGACCUUCAGUGGUGGCAUGAUGCUUCUUUUGUUUAUGGUUCCUUAUGGAAAACAAGUACCUUCAAUAAAUGUUUAGAUACAUUUGCAUUUA